GUACCGCGCAACGCGAGCCGCUGUUAAAAUAUCGGCUGGUCCAAUAGAAUGCUGCGUACAUCAGCCUGGUGCGUGCCGUAGUGAAAUGUAGGUGGCGUGGACGUACGACUUGUUUUGGAGAGGUGAAAGUACUUGGGACAAGUUUUUCCUCCUGUGUCCAUUCAACGUGUAGCCGCCGUGCAAUGGCGGUUUUAAGCAAGUUGCUGGAAACUAGCCUGCCAUUUCGUUGCUAUGAAAUCGCGCACCCGUGGGAGCCUUCGUGCACUGCUAGCUGGGUGACACUGUUUUUCGACACCUUCAGCAACUCCAUCAAGCUCUACAGUGUGCUCUACCUGGUGGCGCAGCUUGUUAGCCGCAAGACCUCCAGACGGGCAUUUGCAGAGACAGUGCUGAGUAGUAUACGGUCGGCAUCCUUCCUCAGCUAUAAUGUGAUGCUCUUCAUGUUCGUCAUCUGUGCACUGAGGUGGGGCUUUGGCCGCCUUUAUCUGCAGAAUUCCACCUUCGUGGCUGGGCUUGCCUCAGGCUUUCUUUCCAUUUUCGUCGAGCAUCCGAGCAGGCGUCGAGUUCUCUCUGUGUACAUGCUCAAUCAGUGCUCGGAGAUCGUGUUCAACAGCCUGCGCAGCCGGAACAUUGUGCACGAUGUUCCUCGUGGAGAGGUGGCUAUGUUUGCUGUGAGUUUGGCGGGCUUCCUAUAUUGCAUUCGGAACAACAACAAGCUGAAGGACCCUGUUUGCAGAGCUUUAAGACUCCUCAUGGGUGCAGAGGAAUUUGCGGCCCCCACAGCUGCGACUGACACGGGACAGCCAUGCUGGCACUUGGGAAGCUGUUGGCGGCAUGCUGCUGAGGGCAUGCCUGCACCAUUUCUGAUAGGCUAUGGGUUGCAAGCCCUGCUGUCGCUAGCAUCACCUCAUCUGCGUCGCAGACCUUGGCGGAUACUUGGCCGGUGGGCACCCCUCGCACAGGGAGCAUUUCUCGCCAGCACAGUUGGGCUGUUCCGGAGUUGCCGCUGCCUCCUGCGCCACUAUUGUGGCUAUGAGUCCCCCUGGCAAGUGUUUGCCAGCGGCCUUGUGGCUGGGCUCAGCAUGGCUGCCAGCCCCAAUACGACCCUUGCACUCUACCUCACCUGGAAGCUGAUCGAGGUGCUGUACUGCCAAGCAGCAAGAAAAGGCUAUGCACCCACAUUAGCAUGGGGCUCUGAACUACUGUUUGCCCUUGGAUGUGGCGUCAUGAUGUUCUGUGCCGUGGUGGAGCCUCACAACAUGCGUCCAUCGUAUGCGAAAUUUCUCAACGACAUGACAGGUGAUCGGUUGCGUCGGGUCAAUCGCCAUCCGCUGGAAGUGCUUGGCUUCCACUGCUCCUCUGUGUACCCAGAAUACUUUCCACAGCUUGAUCAGCGCUACGUCUCUCGGCAUUUUGUGGAGCGUGUGCUUGUUUGGAGCUGA